UUUGAUGCCUGCUUUAAUCGAUGCUUCUCUUGCAUUUCUGUUUGAAUUCUGCAUUUGCAAUUCAAUCCCCUCCCCAGCGAGCCUCCCGCACAGCCCAAAACCACUUCAUGCGGGUCUGCACAUUUUCUUCUUGGCGGCUUCUUUUCUUUUGUAAAGUCCCCUCCAUACACGCUUCUAGGCACCCAUCCCCUCCUUUUCCCGCUAUCCGUCCUCCCAUUCGACGCGCCGCCUGUCCGUCACAAAUCUGACUCUUGCCCCUCCCCGCCUUCCUGAUUGAGUGCUUGUUCCCCGCCUUCUUCCUCUGUUUUGGCCGGCCUCUUCGAAGCAGUCGCUGAUUGGUCGGAGGUGUGCUCGUCACGCUGCCGGCCCAAUCGGAGCCCGCCUACAUGCCCACGAGCGAGCCGGGAACUUGCAACAGGAGUAUAAAGGAAAUAAUGGCUGGUAGUGAUGAUCUCUUAAAGAAUCUGCAGAAUAACUUGCAAGAACUGAACCAAUUCCGAUCCAAAUAUCUUGUGUCAGCCAAGCGUCCUUUGUCUGCAGGUACCAAGGCUUUGCUUCGUGACCAACAGCAACUGCCAAGAGAAAAUAUGAACAUCCAGCCAUUUGCUCCUAGAAAGAGCAUCCGUCACCGUAACCCUUACUGGCCUGAUGAAGAAAUCCGAACUUUUAUUGAGAUCUGGGGUGAUGACCAGGUCCAAGCCUCACUGGCAACCAAUUUUCGCAAUGAGGCCCAGUAUGAGUGGAUCUCUGAUCGGAUGCGAGAAUAUGGCUACGACCGGGAUAUGAAGCAGUGCCGUUUGCGUGCCAAAGAGCUUCGGCGAGGAUACAAGGCAAUUGUUUGUGGAAACAACUCUUCUGUGAGUGGUCAGCGUGCCCUGCCAUUCUAUGAUUCCUUGAACAGUUUUCUGUGCAUGCACAAGGGCCUUGUGGUGUCCAAAGUCUCCCUCUCUAUAGAUCGGAGAAAUCGAGAGGCACAAAAGCUGGGACUGGAGCAGGAGAAGAAUGAAAAGUUAAGUGUUGUCCUUGUUUCAGAUGAUGAUGAAGCUUCCAUUCCAGAGCCUACAGAUGACUCCAAUGGCUACUUUCAAGAUGCACGAAUGGAUUCUGACCCCGUGAACGCACAGUCUCCAGGAGAUGAAUGGGAACAGCACGGAGAAGAUGGUAUUUUGGCAAGUGACAUGGCUUCACCUAGUUUUCCAAAUUCUAGAGGCGAGAGCCAUUCUGCCAAUUCAGGCCCAUCCAGUUCCUUCCCCAGGUUGCCUCUGGCUGACUCUGACAGAGUGAGCAACCAUUGGCACCGGAAGCAGAGGAAACAAAUGGAAGCCACCUCAGACCUUGUGGAAGCCAUCUCUCAAGUGGGCGACAGACUAGUCAAUGCUCUGUCUGCUUUGCAUUCAACACACAGAGAAACAUCUGAGCUUGCACAGACCCGGGAAAAUUAUGCCUGCAAGGAGGAGUUUGCCACCCUUGCGAGUCAUGUAGACCAGGCCACAAAAAACAUGGACAAGCUCAUCACUCUCAUGGAGACAUCUACCAGGAGGAUUGCAGAUGCCAUGGACAGACAAACAGCUGCCUUGGAAAACCUAGCACAGCUGUUUGCCACAAAAGCACAAGCUCCUUUGGGGCCCACUGUAUCCCAAGAGCAGCCUAUCCUUUCUUCGCCAAGUGUCUCCGGACCACUCCCAUCACUACCAGCAGGCUUGCACAAUACCCUGAACACUUUGGAGGCACAUCGUACUGGGGAUCUCAAACCACAAGCAUCACCAGCUCAUUCUGAGGCUGAGGAAUGUCAACCAAAGACAAAGAAAAUAAAAACAGAAGACGACUAAUAUCAUUGGGUUUUACAGUAAUGCCCUCACAUUUGCUUGCUUGCUCUCAUGGGGUGAAUAUUCAUCCUGGGUUGGUUUUUUUAAGGUUAUUUUGAGGAACAAGCAAGGAAGGUGGUGUGUGUAAAAAAUCUUGUGUGUGUGUGUGUGUGUGAGAGAGAGAGAGAGAGAGAGAGAGUGUUUUUAAAAAGGUUUGUAGUGAGGAUUUAAGUUUCUGGGUGGGUUUGUAUGAGGGAGGGAAAUGGGAGUUUUGCCCGGAUUGAUAACCUGUACAGUUCACUGGCAUUCCAUUAUUUUAUCAUUUAUUCUGUACCCUGCUGCUUAGAUAUGCAAUUUAAGUUGCAAUCCAGUGCAUGCUUACUUGGGAGUAAGUCCCAUUGAAUUCUGUAAGCCUUACAUCCAAGUAGGCAUGGCUAGACUGUCAGUGUGGUCUGAAUACUGGCUUUGGGUGUGGAUUAGAUGGAUUCAGACUCCCUGCUCAGACAUCAGUUUGCUGGGUGGCCUUCAGUGGGUCCCUGGGAACCACAAUUUCCCUGUCUUCAAAGGUGUAAUAAUAAUGACCUAUAUCACUUGUUGGUUUUGAAGAUGAAUCAUUGUAUACACUAAAACUUCUAUAGAAGAUAAAAGUAGAUAACUCCAUAUUUUUGUUGAUAUAUAAAAUUCUGUUAUUAAAUCAGUGAGCUGCACUGUCAGGAA